AUGAGUUUUAUAAAAAGAACUGCAAUUGAUAUACAAUUAUACGAUACAACAGAUUUUUAUAUAGGUUUAAGUUUAGCAAUUAGUUCUAGUGUUUUUAUAGGUGCUAGUUUUAUUAUCAAAAAAAAGGCACUAAUUCGACUUCAAAAACGCGGUGCAUUACGAGCUUCAUCCGGAGGAUUUGGAUAUUUAAAAGAAUGGAUGUGGUGGUUUGGUCUUUUUUUAAUGGGAAUAGGAGAAGUAGCAAAUUUUGCUGCUUAUGCAUUUACACCAGCUUCAUUGGUUACUCCGUUAGGAGCAUUUAGUGUUUUAAUAUCUGCAAUAUUAGCAUCAAGAUAUCUAAAUGAAAAACUUAAUUUACUAGGAAAGAUUGGUUGUCUUUUAUGCAUUUUGGGUUCUACAGUUCUUGUAAUUCAUUCUCCAAAGGAAGAAGAAAUUAAUACAUUAAAUGAACUUUUAGACAAAGUCAAAGAUCCAGGAUACAUUAUUUAUAUAUUCAUUGUGAUAAUAUGCAGUAUUCUAAUUAUUUUUUAUAUUGGUCCUGCCUAUGGAAAGCAAAAUAUCAUGGUCUAUAUUUAUCUAUGUUCAUCUGUGGGUUCAUUAACUGUAAUGAGUUGUAAAGUACUCAGACUAACUUUGAAAGAAACUAUGCUUGUUUUCGAUAAUGGAUUUACAAAUUGGUUAACAUGGGCUUUUUUAUCAUGUGUUAUAGUUUGUAUUAGUAUACAAAUGAAUUAUUUAAGUAGAUUGCUUGAUUUAUUUGAAACUACAAUUGUAACACCUAUUUAUUAUGUAUUCUUCACAACAUUGGUAAUCUUUGCAUCUGCCAUACUAUUCAGAGAAUGGGAAAAUAUGGGUGUUGAGGAUAUUUUAGGUUCAUUUUGUGGUUUCUUAACUAUAAUAAUUGCAAUAUUUCUGUUAAAUGCAUUUAAAGAAUUGGAUAUAUCUUAUAAAGAUAUCAGACAUAUAUUUCAGCCAAAAAAAAAACUAGUUACAAGUAGCAACAAUCAAUGGAGCAGUAGAAAUGAGGAAAGACUAAUUACAAGGCUAGAAAAAGAAUUAAACCACACAUAUGAGGCUCAAGCUUUAACAAAAACUGUAUAA